ACAAGAAGAGUACCUGACCAGGUGGACCAGGACGACUCGUUACUAGAACCAUCAUGGCACUCCAAUGGGUGAAGCCGUGGAUCGCUCUGCUCUUCGGACUAUCUGCUGUACAUUCUGAGACUGUUAUGAUUCCAGACAUGACUUCCAUUGGGAGUCUAUAUGAUUCCAAACUGCAAAUCGUAUCAGCAGGAGCAAGUCCCACUCAUAACGGGCAGGUCUGCAGCACAUGGGGUAACUACCACUACAAAACCUACGAUGGAGACCUCUUCCAGCUGCCCUACACCUGUAACUACGUGCUGUCGUCAUUGCGUAAGAGCAGCAGCGGCUACGAGGCCUUUAACAUUCAGCUGCAGCGCGGGGAGGUAGAUGGGCUGCCCACCAUCACCAAGGUUUCUUUGAAGCUGGAUGGAACCUUCAUGGAGCUGGCCAACGGUAACGUCAGCGUCAAUGGAUUACAGGUCACCAUACCGUUUGGUCAGUUUAAUUUCUUCAUUGAGAGGACUGUUUCCUAUGUGAAGAUCACAGCCAAGCUGGGGUUAGUCAUCAUGUGGAAUGAAGAUGAUUCCCUCUGGGUGGAGCUGGACUCAAAGUUCCAGAAUCAGACAUGUGGGCUGUGUGGAGACUUCAACGGAGUCCAGAACGAGUUCAAUAGGAAUGAUGAUUAUCUGAAGAAAAUCGACUAUGGUGAUAUUUGGAAGAUGAAUGGCCCAACAGAAACCUGUACAGAAAUCCCUAUUCACACUGAGCAGUGUGAAGACCAGACCAAACUUUGUGAGCAGCUUCUCACCAGUCUUGCCUUCAGUAGCUGUAAGGACCUGAUUGCCACAGACCCCUUCAUCAAGGCCUGUGCAGAAGACAUGUGUCACUGUGGCAACAGCAGCAGCAGUGUCACCUGCGCCUGUCCCACCAUGUCAGAGUACUCCCGCCAGUGUGCUCACGCAGGGGGGAAACCCCAGGAGUGGAAGACCGACCAGUUCUGCUUGAAGACGUGUCCUUUAAGCAUGCAGUACCAGGAGUGUGGUAGUCCCUGCACUGAUACCUGCUCCAACCCAAAGAGGAACCAGCAUUGUGAGGAACACUGCACCGACGGAUGCUUCUGCCCUGCUGGAACCGUGUUUGAUGACAUCACUCAGACUGGCUGUGUAGCUGUGAACCAGUGCUCUUGUCUCCACAAUGGACAAUCUUACCAGCCUGGACAAUCAUUCUCAAGAACAUGCCACAAAUGUACCUGUAUCCAAGGCCAGUGGAGUUGUAUGGAUCUAGAUUGCCCUGCUACCUGCUCCAUAGUGGGAGGUUCCCACAUCACCACCUACGAUGGGAAAGCCUACACCUUCCAUGGAGACUGCUCAUAUGUCCUGUCCAAGCAAACCAACAAGACUGCCUUCACAGUCCUGGGUGACAUAGUGAAAUGUGGGAAGACGGACAUUGAGACCUGCCUAAGAUCUGUAACCCUGGUGACUCCAGAGUCCACGAUGAUCGUCAUCGAGGCCAGUGGAAGGGUCUUUGUCAACAAGAUGUUUUCUCAGAUGCCGCUUUUCAUGGCGGAUGUAAGGAUCUUUCAGCCCUCUACAUUCUACAUCGUUGUGCAUACCUCUUAUGGGCUCCGUCUAGAGGUCCAGCUAACACCUAUAAUGCAGGUCUACAUCGUAGCUAGCAGUUCACACAAAGAAAAAACCCAGGGUCUUUGCGGAGACUUUAACAGUGUCCAAGCUGACGACUUCAGAACCAUCAAUGGACUGGUGGAAGGAACCGCUGUGACGUUCGCCAACACUUGGAAGACCAAAGCAAGCUGUCCUGAUGUGGCACAGAACUUUGAGAUCCCAUGCAGUCUGAGUGUAGAGAACGAGAGAUAUGCCAAGCACUGGUGCUCAAUGCUGUCAGAUAGUGAAGGAAUAUUUUCCCAAUGCCACACUGAGAUCAACCCAAAUUACUACAAGGAAAUCUGCCUAUAUGACAGUUGUAACUGUGAGAGGAGUGAGGAGUGCAUGUGUGCUGCGGUCUCCUCCUACGUCCAUGCAUGUGCUGCUGCAGGCGUCCUGCUCAGUGGAUGGAGAAACACCACCUGUGGGAAGUACUCCUCUAGCUGCCCUGACACGAUGGUCUAUGACUACACCAUGACCAGCUGUGACCGUACCUGUCGUUCACUGAGCCAGACAGACUUCACCUGCCAGUUAGACCAUGUGUCUGUGGACGGCUGUGGCUGUGCCGAGGGAACCUACCUGAAUGACCAGGGAGAGUGUGUCCCUGCCUCACGCUGCUCCUGCUACAAUGGAGGCACAGUAGUACCCCCUGGAGAGGUCACCAGGAUCUAUGGGGCUACAUGCUCUUGCAGACAAGGGAAAUUAAGCUGUACUGAACAACAACAUUUAUCCUGUGAAGAACCAAUGGGUUUCUUCAACUGUUCUAGUGCAGGGCCCGGAGCCAAGGGCUCAGAGUGCCAGAAGAGCUGUCAAACACUAGACAGUCACUGUAUCAGUGCAGAGUGUGUGUCAGGCUGUGUAUGUCCUGAUGGUCUGCUGUCUGAUGGAAACGGAGGAUGCAUCAAGGAAGACCUAUGUCCCUGUUCUCACAAUGGAGUCUACUACCAACCUGGACAUGUGCUCAAAGUAGACUGCAAUACCUGCACUUGUGAAGGCAGAAAAUGGCAGUGUACCAAAAAGCAGUGUGAUGGGAUGUGUGCCAUAUAUGGAGAUGGGCAUUUCAUCACUUUUGAUGAGGAAAGGUUCACUUUCAAUGGAGAUUGUGAAUACAUUCUUACUCAGGACUACUGCAGCAACAAUCCAAAAGGUACCUUUAGAGUGAUCACAGAGAACAUUCCCUGUGGAACCACCGGCACCACCUGUUCCAAGGCCAUCAAGAUCUUCUUGGGGAGCAAUGAGAUCAGACUAGCAGAUGAAUCUGUAAAAGUGAUCAAACAAGAGAACGGGGUUGACGUACCAUACCAGGUCCACUCUAUCGGUCUCUAUGUUGUUGUUGAGGCUGGAAAUGGCCUGAUCCUCAUGUGGGACAAGAAGAAUAGCCUGUUCAUCAAACUCAGCUCUACCUUCCAGGGCCAAGUGUGUGGUCUGUGUGGUAACUACGACGGUAAUGGAAAGAACGACUUCACGUCCAGAAACCAGGAAGUGGUUGUUGAAGCUCUGGAGUUUGGGAACAGCUGGAAAGUGUCACCCAGUUGCCCCAACGCUGAUAAUAAAAACCCAUGCACUGUAAGAUCAUACAGGCAGUCCUGGUCUCUGAAACGCUGCAGCAUCAUCACCAGUAACGUUUUCUCAGCCUGCCACUCACAGGUACAGUACACAGCAGAUACUAUUCAAUGUAGAUUCAAUACCAAAGUUGUUAGGAAGUCGACGUAGUGCAGCUGAUAUAAA